AAAAAAAAAAGAUUCCCCUUCCUCUUCUUCUUUUAUCUACUUCAUCUUUGGUUUUCCUUUCUCAUCUCUCACCUUCCUUCUUUCUUACGUUCAACUGAAAAAAUAGAGAGAGAGAGAGAGGAUAACAAAAACUGAAAAGAAAACAAAAGACAGGAAUAAGACUUCAUCUUUUUUCUGUAUUAAUAUACUUUAAACGUAUAUUUGCAUAAGCUGGGAUUAAUUUUUUGAUGGAUCUGUAGAUCUAACGCUUUCACAACCACAUGUAUUGCUCUGUUUUAUUCAGAUCUCCGUCAUUUUCACUUGCCGCACUUCAGUAAUAGACCAGAAAAGAUAGCAUAUAAAGGCCUAAUCACAACUGAUAAAGGGGGAGUAGUGGUGAAGGGGUUUUACUUGGACAGGUUUUGCAUCCGUUUGGAUGUUGAGGAAUUGGCGGUAAGCAAAGGUGAAAUGAGGGAUGUUAUCAAAGUUGAUAAAUUUUUUGAGGGCAUGUUGGCGGCCAUCAUCGGACCGUUUUGUACACACUGGUCCAGAUUCAGCUGGACGCCAAGAUGGACUUCUUUGGUACAAAGAUAGUGGACUGCACUUGGUUGGUGAAUUCUCUAUGGCAGUUGUUCAGGCCAACAAUUUGCUGGAGGAUCAAAGCCAGAUUGAGUCGGGUUCUCUGAGCUUGCUCGAUUCUGGCCCCUAUGGAACGUUUGUCGGGGUAUAUGAUGGUCAUGGUGGGCCUGAAACAUCACGUUAUAUCAAUGAUCACCUCUUUCAGCAUCUCAAGAGGUUUGCAGCUGAACAAAAUUCCAUGUCUGUUGAUGUAAUACGAAAAGCUUUUCAAGCAACAGAGGAGGGAUUCCUUUCUCUGGUUGUUAAGCAGUGGCCAACGAAACCUCAGAUGGCUGCUGUCGGAUCUUGCUGUCUGGUUGGAGUGAUCUGCGAUGGGACCCUUUAUGUUGCGAACCUUGGUGAUUCCCGGGCUGUUUUGGGGAGACUUGUCAAGGCUACAGGAGAAGUUCUAGCGCUCCAGCUUUCAGCUGAGCAUAAUGCAAGUUUUGAGUCCGUCAGACAGGAAUUACAUUCUACGCAUCCCGAUGACCCACAGAUAGUGGUUUUGAAGCAUAAUGUAUGGCGUGUAAAGGGUCUGAUACAGAUUACGAGAUCCAUUGGCGAUUUAUAUCUCAAAAAUGCUGAGUAUAAUAAGGAGCCAUUGUAUGCAAAAUUUCGUUUGCGAGAACCUUUCAAAAGGUCCUUAUUGAGCGCGGAUCCAUCAAUUUCAGUGCAUGAACUUGAACCACAUGAUCAAUUUCUCAUAUUUGCUUCUGAUGGUCUUUGGGAACAUCUUAGCAAUCAAGAAGCAGUUGAUAUCGUCCAAAAUAGCUCUCACAGUGGAAGUGCUCGGCGGCUUGUAAAAGCUGCUUUGCAAGAAGCGGCAAAGAAAAGGGAGAUGAGGUAUUCUGAUCUGAAGAAGAUUGAUCGCGGUGUGAGGAGACAUUUUCAUGAUGAUAUCUCGGUCAUAGUCGUGUUUCUAGAUUCAAAUCUUGUGAGUAGAGCCACCUCACUUAGAGGGCCCUCUGUAUCUCUGAGAGGAGGUGGUGUGAACCUCCCGGCAAGAAGUCUGGCUCCCACUCCCACAUAACUUGGUACUGCUUGAACUUAUCACUUUGUUGUAUACUCUGCUGUGUCCUUGUUACAAGAUCUUGUAGUAGAUUAAUGAGAAAUAACAGAAGGUGCAGCACUAAUUUAUUCUUUUGAUGUACAAUGUAAUGUUUUUGGUGUUCAAUGGUAACGUUUAACAUGGAACAGCUUACUUCUUAUUAACUUUAUGAGCAGGCAAGAAGAUCGAAAGAAUUAACUGUAGAGAUUCUUUCU